CGAUGUGAGGCAGCCAUUCCUGCGGUGUGGUAUGCGAUCUGGUCGAAGGACAUCACAAAAUGUACGAAGGAGUUUGCGUCGGCCAUAGAAACGUUGCAGAGCUUGGCGCCACGCCAUCCGAGCUUGCAGUGGCCACCACUGCGGUACCCCGAGGACUCAGUGCCGCCGCCGGUUCCUACCACCGCCCCUUCAGCACGGUGGCUUCGCCCAAUGCUGCGGCUCCAGCUGUUCGAGUCAUGGUUCCGCGUCCCUCAACAACACGUCCGACAGCCCCGCCGUCUGCACCGCUGGCUGGGACACCAGGUGCUCGUGAUGUGGAAGUUGGUCGGUCUGCGCCAGCCAACGAGCCCCCGCCUGUGAGGGAUGGUGGAGGCUCUGCGGCAUUUGACGAGGAGAGCACACAUGCUUUUAUUGAGAGUCGCCGGAGUGCUAGACAGUCACCUGUCGCAUGGGUUGGUACUGUUGUGGCACCUGCCGCACCUGCCCGUUGUUCAUCGGAGCACCCUUGGCUGCCGCCUCCACCGUCGCGAGUGGCGCAGCGUCCGGCGGUCGACCACGUUCACGCAUCUGCCCGCCCUGAUCCUUCACACGUACCUGCAGAUGCUCGACAAUCUGCUUCCAUUCCUCGUGUUGGGGAACUGGCGGAGCAUGGGGUGCCUGCCGAGGAGGUCCCCCCUCCGGUGUCCGAUUCAUCGCCGACCCCGAUUAAGACGACGACAGGUGUUGGUAGGUCUGCUCCACCCGUGUUGACCGGAUCAUUAGAUCCGUUGCAACGCAUGCGCGACCUUGCAGCCGCCCAGAGCGCGGCACCUGCGAGUCCUGGCGGGUUGUUGGAUGUCGGGGUCCUCAGCGGGCGAGCCACGACAGGACGAGGCCGGGGCACUUGUCGGCAUCAAGUCGUCACGUCAUAUUAUUUGGACCCUUUGGAGCGUGCGUGGCAUCUGCAAAUCAUGCGGUUCAUCGUCGAGAGCGGGAUGUCGUUCAACUGCAUGAAGCUUGAAAGCUUCAAACGCAUGUUCACGAUGAUCAUCCCGCCGGGGGUUCCGCGGGCACCCACGCCUAGACUUCCCUCCUACCACAUGCUGCGCACGACCCUUUUGGACGAGCUGGAUGGUGAGGUCCAGAACGACGACGAUGAUUUCUUUGCGUUGGGCACACAUGCGGCCACGGAUGAUGAUAGAGGCGACGGUGACGACAGAGGCGACGGUGACGACAGAGGCCAUGGUGGAGGCGACGGUGACGACAGAGCCGAUGGUGACGGGCCUGACGGCACUGACGAGGCAGGUGACGGUGGACACGAGGGCGUAGGACGUGAUGGCGGUGACAGAGGCGGGGGCGGGGGAGGCGAUGGCGGAGGCGGGGGCGGAAGAGAGGCGCAAGCCUCGCCCGCAGCGGCAAUGGUGACGGAGGAGGAUACUGGAGUCAGGAUCACUCGUCCUCGGUCACCGGCGCCGGUUGUUGUUGGCACUGAGGAGGAGACGGAGUUUCAUCGCCCGCCUCCUCCCGCCGAUAUUUUCACGGGCGCCCACGGGGCGCCCAGCGCCUCGGUCCCCUCCUCAGGAGCGGGUUUGGAGGACGGCGAGGCACCAUCUGAGCCACCUCCUCCCACAACCGACGGUGGUCUAGAGGAUGGAGAGGUUGCACCCACUCCCACUUGGGUUGGCGGAGGAGGUGGCACGGAACCGUCGUGGUGGGCCACCCGUCGCAGUGCAACGCAGUCUGGGAGGUUCACUAGAGGCAGCGUCUGCAGAUCACGUGGCGCAUGGGGGUCAUGGUUCACAACAGUUAUCGGACGACGUGUCAUCAGUCCAUCCACCGGACGAGGGAGAGAGCCACACCGAGACCCGACGGAGACGUUAGAGGUGAGGGUUCCCGGGGGGCAGGAUACGGCGCACCCAGGCGAGGGCGUGGUGCAGGAUACGGCGCACCCAGGGAGCACGGGUGUUGGACGGUCCAUUGGGGGGGGCAUUGAGCACAAAGGCCCAUCGACCUCACACCCCAGCAUUAUCAGGCCCAACGCACAUGACGUCGGAGACGGGCACGCAGAUGACCCUCAACCGCAUCUGACGGGGUUGCGUCCACCACCCUUGCGCCCCCCUGCUGCCGACCCCGCCGCCCACGGGUUGGCCGUGCAGAGCACAUUGCCGACGAGGUCUUUCUACGACGGUGCGAGCAUGGACCGGAGGGCGGGCGAUAUGGGACAGACAUCAGCAUGUGGACUGGCGGAUGUGCCCCCGGGGGCGCGAUCAAUUGGCAACGUCGAUGGCAGUUGUCACGAUUCCAUGAGAGCUUACGAGGUGCAGCAUGGGAGGCCUAUACGGGCCAAGACAACGGAUGUCCACGAUACCCAGACGGCAACUGCAAGGCUAUCACGGGUGAGGACGAAGGGAGCAGGUGCGUCGAUUCCGAAUCAUCGGCGCCGCCCGCAACCUUUUUUUCGCAACAGGGACGUGACCAGGCAGAUGCCGUCUGCUGCAGAUGGACAGGGUGGGGCGGACGGAGGUGACAGCGUGGACCAAUCAGGGCGAGGCGAGAAGAGACGAGGCGGCAUGAUCAUCAUCCGCGACAACAGUUCCACAACCGCUGAGGGCGGUGAGAGCACAGGCGCCGAUAAUCCUGAUGACUCUGAUUACGUUCCGAGGUUCCGGACGGCAGACGAAGAUGACGGGGGAGGUCGUCGCGUGAGGAUGAGGACAGGACCUGGCCCGCAAGGGCAUUACAUCGGCGAGUGAUCAGUCACCGUAUCCUCUUGCGCAUUUUGCCAAGAGCGGC